CUAAAAAUAGACAGUGGGAAAAUUGUUUGUAGAAGUAAUUUACACCUAUGAGCUCAUUCUUUCUGGCAACCAGGUAAACUUUCUGCUCACUCUCCUCUGACCCCUCCCACCUCCUGAUGUGCUCACCAUCGUGUUUGCGUAACGACGCGCAGAGCGCCUCCCUCAGCGCUUUGGUCCUCCUCUCUUCGGUGAGACUGCUCUGACCGGACUUUCCUCUCCAGUUUUCCCCAACAGUGAAGGAAGUUUGAGUCAGGUGGUUCACGUCCCCGCUCCUCCACCGCUGAAAUCCUCUUUACAGGACACAUACCGAGGAACCUGCGCGGCUUUCUCCCGCAGCGACUUUACCGCUUUGAGAAACUUUCAGCAGCUGUUCACGCUUUUUCGGUUUUCUUGUGGGAGACCUGAGCUGAUCCGCUCCGCCAAUUCAUCAACAUGUCUGUUACUAGCCAAAAAACGACCUACCGGACCGUGAAAGUGGCCACACCGGAGCCGGUGGCCAGCACGGUGAUCUCAGCCGGGUCGGUGUCCCCGAUGCAGUACAGUCUGAACGGGAGCUACGAGACGGUGAGAUACCUGGUACCGGUGCAGCAGGCCAUGCAGCAGCAGUCCUACGUGUUCAUGCAGCAACCCAUGAUGCAGCAGCCCAUGAUGCAGCAGAUGGUGUCACCUGUGUACCUGCAGGGUGUGCAGGGUAUGCAGGGUAUGCAGCACCUGAGCGUCAGCAGCCAGGACUCCGAGCUGAUGUUCCAACAGAGGAGCGCACGGGAGAGCAUCAGCGGGCAGUCUUCGGUGUUCAGCCAGUCGUCCAGUCCGAUUAAGAGCCCUGAGCCCGAGGAGGAGUUAGAGGAGGAGGAAAUAGAGGAGGAAGAAGAGGAAGUCGUAGAGGUGGAAGAGGUGGAGAUUGUAAACGUGGUGCAGUCGAAGCCACCACCAGUGGUACAUAAGAUCUCCAGGACCGAGAUCAGCAACGUGAUGAGGGAGGAGCCGACCAAGAUGGACACGCGAUACUUCGGCGAGCUGCUGGCCGACGUCUACAGGAAGAACUGCGACAUCCACUCCUGCAUCUUUGACCAUGUGUCCAAGAUCAGAGGACAGAAACACCAGCUGGAUCCCAGCAUUGACUACAAGGUGGAGAAGGAGGAGGUGGAGGCUCUGCUUCCAAAAGGAGCCACUGAACUGACCAAACAACAGAUCCGCUACCUGCUGCAGACCCGUCUGACUGCAGAUAAGAGCAUGCGUCUGCUGCUGUCCACCUUCAGCAGCCUGAGAGAGGAGCUGCUGCACAUGGCUGAGGACCUGCGGCGUCUGGAGAGCGAGAAGGAAGCUCUGGAGAGAGAUCUUAGCUUCAAAGCCGACCAAGCCAAACAGUAUGACUGCCUCCUGGAGGCCGUGCGAGAAAACAACAGACAGCUGCAGGUGUCUCUGAAGGAAACCAGUGCCAGCCAGCGUUCUCUGGAGAGCCAGCUCAUGAGCACCAAAAGCACUGACUCGGGCCGGGAGUUCAAACUCAAAGAAAUGGACGGAAGGAUGAGAGCGCUGGAGAAGGAGAACGAGAUGCUCAGACAGAAGCUGGCAGGCCAGGGCAGCAGCUCCUCUCUGCAAAUCAAGACGGAGGAGCUGUCCCGUCAGUACAGGGAUCAGCUGGAUUCCAUGAGACAAGAGAAAGACAAGGAGAUACAGAGGCUGCGGACUCAGAUAACAAGAAUCCAGACGGACAUCACCACCCAUACAACCACCUCGGACCAGAGCCUGCAGCUGAAAAUCUCAGAGCUGCUCGCCAUGCUGGAGCAGCGGCAGACCACCAUCACGCGUCAGGAGGAGGAGAUCAAGAGGCUGAUGCUGGAGAAGAACGACAGCUCUAAGAACGUCACCAAGACCGUCAUUACCAAGAGGUACAGAAACCAUUACCCGAUCCUCGGUCUACUGAGCGACGACUACAGAGUCACCUCUCCCGUCAAAGAAGACAAGACCAUCGUCAUCGAGAGAUCAGGAGAGAUCAUCAAGCAGGAAAUCAUACUAAGCCCUUAAAGACACUGCUUCUCUCCGACAGGAAUGAUUGAACGUCGAGAAGACCCAGACGUCAUCUGCCCCUCCCCCUUGCAUGCUCCUCCCCUCCCCUCCCUCAUCCUCAGGGCUCCUAGGGUCGGUGGUGGUCAUUGAAAUCCCCUUCUCCUCCCCUAAAUUUGGGUUUGUCUGUUCGAGAUUUUGGUUUUGACCAAAUUGAGCUCGUUUUGGGUGAAAAUUUUAUCUGGGCUUUUUUUUUUUUAAAUAAUCCAAUAAUCCGAGAAUAAACCUUUUAAAGUAUGCAACACCGUGUUGAUUGUAAAAUGGAUUAAUGUGGCAAUCAUGACAACUGGGAACUGGGCAAUAUGUGAGCUGAUUGGUUGAUGAUUUCCUCAUAGACAGACUCUCUCUCCUUACUCACCUUCAUAACAGUCCUCUAUCUGCACAGGUCAUACUUCGCUUUACCUGAAAAAAAUAACUUUUGUGUUGGUAAAUGAAACUCAGUGCAGCUGGAGAAAAAUAGAAUAAAAUAAAAACAUUUACAUGAGGUUGUUUCAAAGUAAAAGUCUGUGCUACAUUAACAUUAACUCAUGUUUAAAUUUAACAUCAAAUAUUUCUAACUCUGUGCAUUAACCCUAAAGUAUGAUACAACUUUUAUAAUAACAUUUUUUAUAAAAAUUGUCACGAUUCAACCUGGUAAAUAUUUAUACAUUAGUGAUAUGCUUCUGUAAGGUUGGGAAAUUCUAAUUUAUAGGUAACAAUAAAUCAUCAGAAAUGUGAGUAACUGAGGAGAAACAAAGCUAACUACGAGGGAGUAAAGGUCAGAAGUAUGUAAAUGUGGCAUAGUUGUUCUUGUUAUUAAUUUAGCACAACAGCUGUCUUUUUCUUUUUACAGAAACAAUGUACAAUACAUAAACAAACUUUGUGUUUUGAUCAUAUAUUGCUGCAUCUCUCAUGUAAGGGAUAAUUAAUGAUCUCCCACCUGAAGGGAUUCUAAUACACACAACUACCCAUUCACCAUACAUCACCCCACUUAUUACCCAGCUACAGACUGAAGUCAUAAGUAUUAUGACGCUAAACAAUGGUCUAAAGAUGUUUUAAUUUAUUUUAAAAUUAUUUUUUAUUUGUUUAAGAAUGUAUUUAAGCAAGAAAGCCUCAUUGAGUUAAAACCUCUUUCACAAGAGUGUCCUGGCAGAGAUCAGCAGCAGGUCGUUCAAACAAAGUUACAAGCUGAUGCAUCUUCCUUACGCCUUCAAUCUACUUUUAAAAACAUUUAAAGGGGGGUGCUGAUGAUCUGCAGUUUAGACCCAACCUUACCUAUAAAAGUAAAUCCAAGUUUAAACAUUGAGCAGACUUUUUGUAUUUGUCAUAAUCAAAUAUUUCCUGAUGCUCCUCAGUCCUCAGCACGAGGCACAUGGAGGGAGAGAAAUGUUAUGAGAAACCAAACGACUGAACACACAGCACCGUCUCAGCUUCCAGUUGUCACUAAUGCACGUUCAUACAAACCUGGUGCCAUGUAGCAUGCAGCAUGUCCUCAAAGCCACCACAGCCGUGCUAGCCCAGGGGUCGAGGAAGUAGACGUGAUACUAUGAUUGCUACUCUGCAUGUAAAUAUUUAUAUAGAUAUAUAUAAGAGCAGGAGGGGCCUGCUCACUGUGACUGUAGAGCAGCCCCCUCCUGCUCAACAUCUGAGGAACAUUUGAAAAAUGUUCUGAUUGGGUAGUUUGCUUGGCUUUGUUUGUGCUAAAUGGUAGUUUCUAUUCAUCCACUGUGUUAUCGUGUUUGUAUUUUGUGGUUUUUACAUCUGAUCUGACUCAGAGGUGCAUGGGCAUGUGCUGAUCACAUCAUGUGUGCAUCGCAGUGGGUGGGGGUGGGAUUAAGGGGUGGAUGUGUGGAUCUGGAACAUGAUUUUACUGGGCUUUAAGAUGGUGGAAGAACAGUUUGAAGCACAAAGUUAUGCAAAUGUAUGUUUGUCUGGUUGUUUCUGGUCAAGUGUUUUACAAAGGGAAGCAUGUUGACGGCUUUGUGUCCACUUGGUGCUCGUCUUUACGGUGCAGCGGCCUGUUUUGCUGAUCCACAGUGAUUUCUGCAUCUGGAAAAGCACAAAAAAGAAAGACUUUUAAUUACUUUUGGACACAAAUAGAGGUAAAAUAUGCUCUUAAAUUGACAUGGGAGUAAAUCCAGAUGCUGAUACAUGCACUGUAACUAGUUUAACAAGCUGCAGCACCCUUUAUUUGCAUGCUGGAAUAUUUAAAAAAAAUAGUGGAUAAUUUAACCAUGCUGCUUAAACAUCUGAUUAACACUACUGACAUGAGACAGAGCAACCCAGUGGACACAGAGCCUAGUUUUUGCAGGAAUCCUGUAAAAAUAUGUUAACUGUCAUGGUGCCUUAUUGUGUUUUCUUGUUAGCAAGCUAAUGAAAGGCCUGCAUGGCUGUUUGGUGGAAAACAUAUCAUUAUAAUCUGAAGGUAAUCGGAGAUGCAAGAUUUUGACCAACUGACCAAAUAGCCUUGGCACCAUCAGUCCUCGUGGCUCUUUGGUCGCCAUAAGACCGGCUUUCAUCAGCUCGCUAUCUGGGUGAUCUGCAAAGAAACCAAAUCCUGUCCUCCUGUGCCAGCACAGAAUAAAUUGUAUGCUGAGCUAAAUUAACUGGUUGAUGCUAAUCUGCAAAUAGAUGUUUCUAAAUAUAUUUUCAUAUGCAAACUGUGUCUUUAUUUUUCCAGUUGAACAGGAUGCUUUAGUCCACUCCACAGAGAAAUGCUUCCGAUAGAUUGUGAUUAAAAUCAGCCAUGUAUCUUUGCAAA